GAAAUCUACACCCAUGUCCACAUCCUCAAACACACUUUUUCCCCCUCUCUCACAUUCCGACAUCCUUGCAUUUCAGUUCUCAGCCUGGUACCCGACGUUCUCUGGACUUUCCAUCAAAUCGACUGUCAUUCGUCCGUUAGGUGCUGACUUUCGGGACUACUUGGACGCAGACAGCGUUUUUGUGCCCAAAGGAUCCGAAGACGUACCAGCGCGCAGCACACUCGAAGACGAGGCCGAUGAAGACGAGGGCAACGAAGAUGAGGACGAUCGCCAGGAGUUCGCGUUCCCAGAGUUGGAUGCUCGGAUCAGGGAAGCAGUGCGGGAGUAUGGUGCUGUCUUCCCGAAACUGAAUUUCUCCUCACCUAAGGAUGCAUCAUGGCUCUUACCUUCGUCCUCCCCUCUCAAAUGCACUGCGCCUGCAGAUGUCUACAUUCUGCUGAAAUCUUCCGACUUUAUCACGCAUGACCUUAGUAUGGACAUUGUCUUUGAAGGUUGUGAAGAGACGUCACUCGAUGCCGUAACGACCGGUCGAGCGCAAGAGACCCCCUAUGAACUGGAACUGGUUCUCAGAAAGUGGUAUGCCAUCGAUCGAAGCAGAGAAAUACGCUGCUUUGUGCGCAAUGGGGCUUUAAUUGGCCUGUCCCAGCGUGACACAAAUUUUUAUGAUUUCUUGGCCGAGACCGGGACGCAGACAACAAUCGUGACAUCUGUGAGAACUUACUGGGAAACACACGUUAAGUCUAAAUGGACAGGACCGGAUUCCUAUGUCUUCGAUGUACUCCUCACGCGGGACCUCACACGCUUCCACAUCCUCGAUUUCAAUCCCUACGCACCACGCACCGAUCCGCUCUUAUUCACGUACGAAGAACUGUGCGACAUCUCCACCCACAUCAGGGACUCCGACGAAAUUAUCCCACACCUCCGCGUAAUCGAUUCGCCUGCGCAUCCCGUCGCGACUCGCAAUACGCCCGCGCACCAGCACAACAUGGUCCCGUUCGAGGCGCUCAGUCUGAGCGAAGGCCGUGAUGUAGACAGCUUCAGGAAGAUUUGGGAAGAUGAGAUCAAGAAGGGAAUGGACGAAAGCGAUGAUGAGGAUUAUGACAAAGGAAGUUUAGUCGAUUGAAAUGUAAACUCAUGCGGAAGACCCCUGCAAUUGAGAAGUGUUUUAC